GAGGGUUUUAGAAGGGUAGAGGCGCCUGAUAAUCAGAAGCCGAAAUCUCAAUCUUGCUCUUGCUGAAAUAGUGGGUGUGGGUUAAGGGGAAAGGAAAAUGCUUGUCCUGCAAUGCUCUUGCCUUCUCCCACCUCCCAACAUUGCGUCUUCGGUGCUUCCUCGCCGUUUCUACUGCGUUCCGCCAUUUCCGACCGCUAAAUACUCCCCUCACUGUUAUACUUCAAUGAAGAUUUCACCAGCGAUGUUGAGGAUAGCGGGGAGCCAGAAGACUAAUGCCCAAAGUUUGGAGAGAGAGAUUGGUGAUGAUGGAUAUGGAGAUAAAGAAGAAGAAUUUGCGUCCCCAAGUGAAUUUAGAGGGAGAGAAGAGGGGAAGAAUUAUGAUAAAGACCCUGAAUUUGCUGAGAUUCUUGGGAGUUGCCUCGAGGACCCACAAAAGGCUCGGAGUAAAAUGGAUGAUAGAUUGAAAAAGAAAAGAAACAAAAUUUUGCACACAAAAACUGGUUCUGGGACUCCCAUGAAAGUAACAUUCAACAAAUUUGAUUUUUCAAACUCUUAUAUAUGGUUUGAAUUUUACAACGCUCCACUGGAAAAGGAUAUCUCCUUAAUAUGCAACACAAUUCGAUCAUGGCACAUCAUUGGUCGUCUUGGUGGAUGCAAUGCCAUGAAUAUGCAAUUAUCACAAUCUCCCAUGGAUAAGAGACCCAGUUAUGAUGCUAUUCAAGGCGCAAAUGUGAACCCAACAACGUUUUACAACAUUGGUGAUCUUGAGAUUCAAGACAAUCUAGCACGUGUAUGGGUAGAUAUUGGAACAACUGAACCACUGAUUCUGGAUGUUUUGAUAAAUGCAUUAACACAGAUAAGCUCUGACUAUAUUGGAAUUAAGCAAUUGGUGUUUGGUGGAUCUCAAUUUGAGAAUUGGAAGGAAAACUUAGCUGAAGAUGCAGGAUACAGCGUUCAUAAGAUUUAGGUUUCUAUGCUCAGCAUCCUGGAAGAACAUCUGAAAGUUCUUUCCUUCUUUCUUUAUGCAUUUCCUGUAGCAAAUAAUGAAACCCUAAUGUGAAUAACAAUGAUGUUUAAACCUUUGUACAGAUUAAGUCAAGUCACUAAUUUUUUCUCUUUCUUCCGUGGAACUGUUAAGAAGGUAAAUGGUGAAGGCACUAGAAACAUGUUAUCCAAUAAUAACAAAUGUAUAGA